GCUGAAAUCUGAGGGUGUCUAUAGGAAGAAUAAGAAACAGCUUUACAUGCUCGUUCCACGUACUCACAGCUACCAGGCUUAUGCCAAAGUCAAAGGGACAGCUGUAAUCAAUCCCAUUGAGGAGAAAGUACGGUGUGCGUAUGACUCUGAAGCAUCAGGCUUUAUCAUCCGGCAUGAACACAGCCUCCACGAGCUUCCACCCUGUAUUAAAGUGCUACGAAGUCAGCUUGAGUUGCUCAUUAUAGACAACAACUACAAUUUGAGAGCACUUCCUGGCUUUCUUGGUGAUUUCUUGUUUCUACGCGUUCUAGAUGCGAGUUACUGCCGCAUUAAAAACGUCGAUCCACGUUUAGGUUGUUUGCGUAGGCUCGAGCACCUUAACUUAGCGAAUAAUCAGCUUGAGUACCUGUCUUUCGAAGCGUCAAGGCUUAAAUCCUUGAAAAAGCUAAAUGUCGAAAAUAAUAAUAUGAAGGUGCUGCCCGGUGGACUACUUUUUUUACAGCAUCUGAAGGAAUUAACGUUGGAGAACAAUCCUUUCUACGAUCCGGUAGAAAUCGAAGGUACACCUGACGUGACACUUUCACCCUGUCUAUCCAGCAUAGAGUGCGUAAACUGCUGCAUUCCGACACAGAAUUAUCGUACCUUUAUUUCGUUUCAUCGGCUCUGUCAGCAUGUCGAAUUGCCUUUUGUGUUUCAUACGUGCUCAGACACAUGUCAAGCGCAGGUAAGAGAUCGUCUCGAUCGCUACAACGCUGCACAACGUGAACGGCGCGAGCAUCAAUAGGUUUAUUGGAAGGCAUUACCCCGUUUUCCUUUGCUGAUGUAUGGUACAUGUAGCAAACUGAAGUGUGUAUAUGUAUUGUUAAACGCGAGGGUUGACACCUACGCGCUCCUCUUUUUUCUCUGUCGCUUUUAUUUGCCUUUAUGAGAUUGAGCUGUUUCAAAUGCAACCGUUUUACUUUGUUGAUUUGACUAGUCUUUGUUCUCGGUGAUCUAUCAUGUACAUAAUUUCCUCAUCCCUGUGUAUUAUGUUCAUCUAUAUUUGAAAACAAGUAACACAAAUGCAUGUGCGAGGCUUCUUGAGCACCAGCUUCACUUUGUUAAAUGAAUUCUAGAUAACGAAUUAAUGAUAGUCUAAAAUAAACGUGGAUAACUACUCUCUUCGCCUUUGCUUCUCAGCGUUGGAUUUCUGAGUUUUAAAAGGAACCUUUGUAAUUAAAGAGGUGCAUAGAAAAGAGCAAGAACGAAAACAGCAAA